AGACGGACGCACGCGGAACGGUAAGAUGGCGGCGGACGGAGGCCGAGCUGCGUUACCCUGCGCCUUCAGCCCUAAAUCACAUCAGUUUUUGGCUCUCUGCGCGCAAGAUGGGAGACUGCGAAUCUGGAAUACCGAGAGCAAAACCCUACAACAGGAAUACGUGCCUUCCGCGCAUCUGAGCGCAGCCUGUACGUGUGUGACAUGGGGUCCGUGCCGAGCAGUUCAGGAGGUGCCUCAGAGGAAGAGGAGGAAAUGUGAUGCGGCUUCAUCAGCUGAGCAGUCAGAUCUGUUGGCACUGGGCACUGCUGCUGGCACCAUCCUCAUCUACAGCACACUGAAGGGAGACCUGCAUUGUACAUUGGAUGGAGGACACAGUGGGCCUGUGAACAGCGUCCAGUGGCAUCCAGAAGACUCUGUGUUAUACAGCGGUUCAGAUGACACACACAUAGCCGAGUGGGACUUGAAAACGGGGAAAGUUUGCUGCAAAUGGAAGGCAGACAGAUCCGCUAUCAGCAGCCUGUGUAUAAGUCCAGAUGGAAAGAUGCUGCUCUCUGCAGGAAUGACCAUCAAGAUGUGGGACCUGGAGACUAAGGAAGUGUACAGGAAAUUCACAGGUCACUCUACCAUGGUUACGACUCUAUGCUUUGCCACAACACGACCUCCAGACAGCAAUGGGAUGUAUUUCCUUUCAGGAGCCGUACAUGACAGACUCCUGAGUGUGUGGCAGGUACGGUCCGAUGGCAAAGACAAGAACUCUGUGGUGUCUUUUACUCUGACAGAUGAACCCCAACACAUAGACCUUCAGACAUCCAACAGCAAAGAUGAGGCUGUGCGGUUAGCAGUGGUUUGUAAGGAUGGGCAGCUUCAUCUUUUUGAGCACUUUUUGAAUGGGCAGUGUAAGAAGCCACUGUCUCCAGCGUGUUCCCUUCAGGUGUCCACUAUGAAGGGAGAGUCUCCAGUGCCUGUGCCUCUACUGGCAGCUGCUCUGUGUGCGGACAGACAGAACCUGAUGCUGGCAUAUGGACAUCACCUGCAGCCCGUCAUGGAGAAAACACCUUUUAACACAUCAGAGAGGCACACAUGCUUGAACCGAGAUGUACAUGCCACACUUUCUCUUUCUGUAGACACGACUGUCUCCAAGGUGAAGACACCAGUUGUAAAUCAGCAAAGCAAAGUUUUAAUCCCAGGAGUUCCAGGACAUAAGGCACCAAUUAAAUUAACUCCCAAUGAAGGAGAGAAAAGGAAAAAAGGGGCCAGUACUACAGAGGUGUCUAUCGAGGAACGGUUGGAGCAGAUUGAGUUGAGUGCUGGAAGAAAAGGUGCUGAUAAAGGCUCGUCCUCCCUGCAGACAGACAGUUUCGCUGUGCUGCUUGUCCAGGGCUUAGAGAGCAAAGAUGAGAAGAUCCUUAAUAAAAUAUUUCAAACCAAAAAAGAGACGUUGAUCAAGAACACUGUUGCUCGGUUACCACCUCCUGCUGUCCUGCCAUUGCUGGAAGAGCUCUCCAGAAGACUGCAGGGACAUCCAUACGCGGCUUUGCUUAUAGUUCAUUGGUUUAAGGCUGUACUUACGCAACACACAUCAUACUUGUCUUCAUUGCCAGAUCUAGUGUCUCAGUUGGGCUCAAUCUACCAAAUGAUCGAGAGCAGGGUGAAGUUAUAUCAUCAGAUCACCAGACUCCAUGGAAAACUCUACCUGCUCAUGACACAGGUGGCGACAAGCAACAGUGCAACAAAAGUUGGUGAAAUUGAUCACACAGCAAAGCUGGUAUAUGAAGAAGAGUCUUCAGAGGAUGAAGAUUCAGGAGAUGAAGGUCGUCCCGAGGAUGACUCUGAUAACUGGGAGGAGGAUGAGGAGGCUAUGGAGGUGACUGGAGACAAAAAGAACCACAAAGAGGAGGAAGACCAAGACAUGAAUGAGGAAUCAAAAGCAAAUGGAGACUCAGAUCUGGACCCUGAAAAUGAGAGUGAGGAGGAAUAGUACUCAAUCAGGCUGCAGGAUUCAGAUAAAAGGACCCUUACAUUUAUAUAUAUGAUUUUGUUUUACUUUUCAUUUUAUUGUAACAAAACAAAAAGGUGAAGUUUUAUAGAGUUUCGAUAACCGUUGCGGCCUGGAUCUGUGGUUGUCCUUUUUUGAACUGUUAUGACCCAGACUGACAGCCCAAACAAACACAUUCGAGGUCCAUUUCAGUCGCUUUUCCCUUGAUUUGGAAACGGCCUCUGUUUUGUUGCCCGGGUUUUUAUGGGAUUCUCUGGGGUUCCCAAAAUCUCCAUCUCCCUGCAAGAUUACAUUCUUAAUUGGGCGUCCCAUGUCCAUAAGAUCGAUCCCAUUAUAUGACAUGAUCAUGAUUCUGCUCAUCAUCAGUGUCCAUCUUUAAUUUAUCUGUGGUCAUUACACUCGCUGUCACAGUCAUUUCUCAUGUCUGACUUCUGUGUCCUGUGUGUAAUUUGAGAAGAAGAUUAUUACACCCUCUGCAGUCAUGACUGUUCUCAGUUUUGAGGACAAAACAAUGUGAAGCUUUCCCAGAAAAAACGAAUAUCCUAAAAACAGUCACAGAGGUGUGUAUGAUAAUUAUACAGUGGUUGCAGCCAACCAGAACUUUUCAUGCAAACAAUAUAUCAACAACUGUUGUACAGUUUAAAUGAAAUAAAUACUGUUUUUGUUCU